AGCACAGAAAAAAAAAAAAAAAAAAAAGAUUAUAACUUCUUCAUUUUUUUUUACAACCAAUUAUAACUAUCAAAACUAUCAUUAUUCAGCAAUCAAGUAUGAACCACGAUACAUCACAGUUAGAACAGGUGAUUCCAAUACCGAUUGAUAAUCCAUCUGAUGAAGAAGAAUUAGAUCAUAUCAAUUCCGAACGCAAUUAUCGAAAACGAAGAAACCAUGUCAUAUCAAUCUUAGGUAAAGUUCAAAAAUAUAGUGCAUAUACAUUUGGAACGUUUGUUGGAAUACAUUUAACAUCAGUUAUAAUUGUUCCUAUCUUACCGAUUGAUCAUGAUAUUAAACAAGAGAUAUUUGAAAUGGGGAGAAACAUAUAUCAUGGGAUUCCACAAUUUGAAAAUAUCGUUAUCUUUGGAUCCAGUAUAGUUCAUGUUUUAUCAGGUAUAACGAUUCGACUUUUAAGAAUGAGAUCAAGACCCAAAAUCAUCAAGAAGAAUAAGGUGAUCAGUAAUAAUGAUGAGUUCCAUAUCAUCGAUGAUACGAGAGAUGAUAUUGGAUUAGGAGGGAUUACCAAUUUUUUAGGAUUAGGAUAUAAGAAAUCAUGGGUUUCUAAAACAUUAGGUAUAUCACCAUUAAAUUUUUCAGGAUACCUUUUAAUCCCCCAUUUAUUAUAUCAUAUGUAUAAAUUCCGUUUAAUCCCACUUAUGAUUGAUAAUGAUUCAAGUUUAAUUAAUCUCAAUUAUAUAAUGUAUUAUCUUAAUGUGGAGAAUAUUGAAUAUGUUCAACCAUAUGUGAAUAUAUUGGGAUUAUCAUUAUUAACCUAUAUUGGGAUAUAUCAUUUUAUAAAUGGAUUAUGCAAAUACUUUAAGAAAUUUUCACCAACUUGGAAAAAGAUUGGAUUUAGUUUUGUUAAUGGAGGAAGUUUAAUUGGGUUGAUUGUUAUUUAUAAUUUUAAGUAUAAUAAUAGUCAUGAUAAAAUUAAUCCGAAUGAUUUCUUUGGUAAGAAUUUUUUAAAGUAUUUAACCUGGGGAUAUAUAUAAUGAGAGAGUAGAUGAUUAAAUGA